CAAGAUGGCGCCCGUAGACACACGUAUAGUCUAAGGGCUCCCUGCUACACUGCGGAUAUCCAACAAAUUUCCUCAUUCUGAGCCUCCAUUUCACCACCAUGACGACCACACCGUCCACUAGGGAAGUUAAGAGAGUCUCAGACCUUGUUGACUCUCAGCUGAGACUCAGUUUUGACAAGUUGAAAGAAGAGUUCCUGGGCGCUGUGAAGCAAGACAUUUUAGCGGCCAUAAAGGCUGAAGUCAGACACGAACUGGACCAGUUUAAGUCGUCAUUCCAAGCUGAGAUUGACGAGCUGAAGCACACACUUGUCGAGAAAGACGAAGAACUGACUACACUAAAGGUACGCUUAGCCGAAGCCGAAAGUCAUGCCGAUAGAAACGAACAAUAUAGUCGGAAGCAUUGUCUGCUCGUCUUCGGAAUCCCCCCUCCCCCAUCACCUGAAGAGAGGAAAUCAGAGGACUGCGCAUCAACAUUCAUGGACUUCACCAGGAAACAUCUCGACGUCAGCGUCCAACGAUCAGACAUCGACAUAGCACACCGUGUUGGCCGGCCUCGUGACGGAGCUCACACAGUCAUCGUCAAGUUCACCAACUAUGCAAAGCGUCAGGAAGUCUACAAGGCCAAGAAACGACUAAAGGGGAAAACAAACAGCACGGGCAAACCCUACAUCAUCAGAGAAAACUUGACCAAACGCAACCUUGAACUGUGUAAUUCUGCAAAACGCCUGCCCAGUGUCAGCUCCGCAUGGACCCAAGAUGGCAAGAUUUUCGUCAAGGUCAACUGCGAAGGCGGCGAUCCAGAGAUACACCGAAUCACCGGCCCCACCGACAUCCACCAGCUCGAACUGAUGGCUAACAAGUAAAACUUGAAGCUAUUAUGUUUAUUCACCAAGCUAUUCACAUAUGAUCUACUUUCACCAUAUUGCUUUUCAUGUCGUCCGAUCCGUCGAACAUGAUUAAAGGCAAUCAGAUCACCUG